UACCUCUAUUUGACCGAUCCCUUCCCUCUAUAUAAUCGACCUUUUCCUUCUCACUUUCAUCCAACAGAGUCGAGUAUACGUCUCUUCGCUCUUCUAGUAGAAGUCGAUCUUUAGGAGCCACAUGGCUCAGGGAAGUGGCAGUGCCAGCCGAGCUACCGCCGCCCUCGGGCUGGCCUUACUACUCUGCCUCCUCCUUGCUCACUCUGUCGACGCAGCUACCUACACCGUCGGCGACAGCGGCGGCUGGACCUUCAACAUGGCCAGCUGGACACGCGGGAAGCGCUUCCGCGCCGGCGACGUCCUCGUGUUCAGGUACAGCCCCUCGGUGCACAACGUGGUGGCGGUGAGCGCGGCCGGCUACAACGGCUGCUCGGCGCCGCGCGGCUCCCGGACUUACGCUUCCGGCAACGACCGCAUCACCCUCGCCAGAGGCAGCAACUACUUCAUCUGCAGCAUCGCCGGCCACUGCCAGGCCGGCAUGAAGAUAGCCGUCGUCGCUGCCUGACCUAUCUAUUUAAUUUAUCAGUAAUUUUAAUACUUUUCCGCAAUAUAUCAGCCGUCGAGUGACUUAAAUAAACAUACUUCGAUCCUGUCAACGCGAGUGGGCACAAUGUUUGUAUGGAUCAAGCUAGUUAAAAAAAAAAAAUUAAAAAUAGAGUUACACGGCAACAAAUUUGAAUUUUGGUAGCUAUUAUGCUAUCUAUAGCACGCGUCACAAUUGUAAGAGGUUGAAAAUAAGAAGAUACCAACAGCGUGCAUUGUGCGCUGCAAUUAAGUUUAUUCA